AUGUCUACCACAGGGAAUCGAGAUCCAACCAAAGAGAGCCGAGAUGACCCAGUAACCCUUGAGGGAGAGUGGGUACAGGAAGCUGCAGAGGGCUGCAGGAUAGACCACGAGUCCGGCCCAAAUGGGACCUCUGCCACACCUGCAGUUGAAAUAAUGGCCGUUUGUCCUAGGGAGGUGGAGAAUGUUGGGCUUGAAAGAAACCCAGGGGAAGAGGAUGGCAGGGAAGAGAGUGUGGCUGCUGAGGAAGACUCAGAUAUUGCUCCUGUUGAGGAGGAGGCAGAAGAACGGGAGGAGGAGGAAAAUGUGGAAAAUCAAGACGUGGUGAACACCCUUCAGUUCCCAAUGGCUGGCUUCCGAUUUAUGUUUCUGGAUCUGAUCCACGCCAUUCUCAAUCGUGUCUAUUACAACAACCAUGUCAUGAUUAGGCAUCCCCGUGAAAACCAAGUGAGGGAAACACCUGGCCCUUCUGCAUCUGGCCACUCAAGUGAGGUUCAAGUACCACCCGGGCCCAUUCCAUCAACAGUGAGGACUGCAGAGUGUGAGGGCCGCACUCCAGGCCUGGCCCGAAGCCUGCCAGAAGUCAUCUCCACAUUUCCGGAGCUGGAGGAGCCUAUAGACUUCGAGGAAGCAGAUUAUUAUCUGCGGGAGCCAGAUCUUUGGGUGCAGGAGCCAGCAGUUAGGGCAGCAGCCGAGGAACCAGCCGAGCAAGCAAUAGAAGAGGUGGCAGCAGUGGCGACAGCGGAAGAUCCAGCAAAGGAAGUCAUGGAGCAAAUCAUGGCCUCAGAGGGUCUGCUCAAAGAGGCUCCUGAAGUCACAGAACACAAGGAGUUAAACAAAGACAAGGAGUUAAACAAAAUGGAUGGAGCCUUCACCACCAAGGUGUCUGUGGAGCCAGCAGCAAAGGAGAAUGAAAAGGAAGAACUGGGAGAAGAUGACAUGUGCAUACUAAUUACAGAUGUACAGGCCAUAAGUCAGUAUGAGUUUGAUCAUUUCAAGGAAAUCUACCAAGACUUUGGAAGCAAUGAAAACACCAGACAAAAGGAAAAUGAGUCAGAAGAAGCUAUCCAGGACCCUGGUCCAGCACGAGACUGUCCCAGCACCUCCAGGUAUCCUGCACAGCUUUGA